AUGCGCAAGCGCCAGCUGGGCCCAUACUUCAAUGCUGCCUAUGUCACAAGAAUGGAGCCAAAGAUCCUGCAAUUCGGGAUCCUGGGACUAAAGUCGAAAUGGGACAGCGAGUUGGCGCAGAACUCGAGCGGCAGCAUCGAGAUUGACUAUAGCCACGACUUUAUGCUCGCAACACUGGACACAAUAAGCGCACUGGCUUUUGGCACCGAGCCUCGAGUCGCACACUGGGUCGAUGCGACUGUCAAGGUCCACGGUAUGCGUGCAAUGAUGCCGCUGUUCAAGUUCUUUCCAUUUUCGACUGGCAAUCUGGUACUGGGAUCCAUUGCCGCGCGCAGGAGGCUCUUGGCUGAAGGUGGCAAGAAACCGGCAGACUUGCUGCAGGCAUUCCUUGACGCACAGGAUCCCUGA